AUGGGUUGCCAAGCAGUGGAACAGGCUGCCCAGGGAAGUGAUUGGGUUGAUGUUGCCAACGAUCUUUUAAGGAGCUGUCACAUAAACCAGCACAUAAAACAUCUCUCAGAAUGUGGUGCUGAUGUGUUUGUUCGUAUUUAUGAGUCAAUCAUAGGAGAAAAAGUACCAGAUUUCAUAGCUAUUCCUAGAAGCCAAGAGGAUGAUGCACAUAAUGUACAAGCAGUAAUAGAUUCCCUGGCAUUGGACUAUUUGCAGGUCAGCUUGUCGCACAUCACUGGUGAAAAUAUUGUGAAAGGAGAAAGGGAAUCUAUCAGAAACCUCAUCGAAAUAUUUGAUGGUUUGUUAGAGUAUCUUACAGAAGAAGUCAGUGAAUCUGCUUCUCAGAAUGGAGAUGAGGCAAAUGUGGUAUCCAACACCGAAAUUCAAAUUGAAUCUCAAGAGCAGAUGGAAAGCAAUGCUGGUCAACUUGCGCAACCUUCAAUAUUCUCAUCAGUUGAAGGGUCCCAGUCAGAAUUUUUUGUUCCAUCUUCUGAUGUAGAUGGAUCAGAAUCUACCAGUGAAUUAAUUAGACUUGGAGAUACUGCUCAUUCAUUUUCCAAGAGAGGUGAAGGAUCAGUGGAGUCUGUUCAUACUACUGAACCACAAAAAGAGAGUUUGAGUGCCAGUGCUACAAAACUUGGGGAGCCUAUACAGCAAGCUAUUCCUUUGCUACCACCAUUCCAGCCUUUGGAAGCCAGACCUCAUUAUCCUGGAUGGAGAGAUUAUCACAGCUCAGCCAGCUGGUCAGCAGCUUUGUCUAACAAUCAAGGAAUGAAAAUUCCUACUCUUGAAAAGUCACUUACACAAAAAUCUGAAGAUGUUUCUGGUAGUCUUCCUCUAUCAAGGAAGAUCCCUGUGGGAGACAAGGUGGUAUCAAAUGAGGCUGAGGACAAUGUGGCAAAGAUUCCUCGGGUGUAUGGGAGUUCUACAUCUGCUUCCUCUUCACAUCAAAAACUGUCACUAUGUGCUGAAGAAGUAACACAAAUUCCAAGACUUGAAUUGAGGAAUGUGCAUAGAAAGAAAAGAUACGAAAAUUCUACCACAGAUUCACUCGAAGAGUCUCUUUCCCACAGAACAACAAAGGAAAAGCUAUCUGAGCAAGAGCUUCAUAAAGUGUCAGAAAAACUCUCUUGCAAGUUAAAUGAACUAGAUCUA